AUGGCGUUUGUCAAGGCGCUCAAGAACAAGGCGUACUUCAAGCGGUACCAGGUCAAGUACCGCAGAAGGCGACAGGGAAAGACCGACUACGCCGCUCGCCGUGCUUUGGUCCUCCAAGACCGCAACAAGUACAACGCACACAAGCACCGCCUGGUGGUGCGACUGACAAACAAGCGGAUCAUUUGCCAGGUGGUUUACUCCACCAUCGAAGGAGACCGCAUCCUUGCCAGCGCAGAGUCGACCGAGCUGCCCCGCUAUGGCGUCAAGAUCGGUUUGACCAACUACGCCGCUGCUUACUGCACCGGUCUCCUUCUGGCCAGACGCGUGCUGAAGCAUCUCGGCAUGUCUGAGGCCUUCGAGGGCGUCGAGGCCACCGGGGAAGAGUUCCACAUUGAGGAAAACUUCGGUGAACGCCGCCCCUUCAAGGUCCUCCUCGAUGUCGGCAUCGUCAGAACCACCGUCGGCAACCGCGUCUUCGGCGCCAUGAAGGGCGCAGCUGACGGAGGCCUGCACGUCCCCCACGGCAUCAAGAAGUUCCCCGGAUACUCCAAGCCCGAGGGCGAAGGCGAGGGCUCCUAUGACCCUGAGGCGCACCGCGCUCGCAUUUUGGGCCUCCACGUGGCAGACUACAUGCGUCAACUGAAGGAGGAAGACCCGGAGAAGUACAGCGCUCAGUUCGCUCAGUACAUCAAGAACAAGAUCGAGGCUGACGACAUCGAGGCUAUGUACAAGAACGCGCAUGCACAAAUCAGAAAGAACCCCGACCCCGUCAAGAAGGAGAGAGCCGCCAACGCCCAGAACGUCCGACAGGGCAACGUGAUCAAGACCGCCAAGGGCCAGUACGUUCGCAACGUGAAGUUGACCAAGGCCCAGAGACGCGAGCGCGUGCAACAGAAGAUCGCAAUGAUUGCGGAGCAGAUGGCGGCGGAGGCAUAA